AUGGAGAGGAAGAGGAGGCUGAAGCCGCUCUCGAAGGCGGCCGUCACUUCCGGCGUCUUGGCUGUCGUCUUCAUCUCUCUACUAGGUUACCUGGCUUUUGAUCCCCUCAGAGACGGCCGCGGUGAUGGCAUCGGCGGCGGCGGCGGCGGCGGUGGCGGCUUCUCUAGCUUCCAUGGCCAACACCACCACCACAGUGCUGUCGUCGAACGGCAAGACGGCUUCGAGCUUCGGCCCCUUCCUCCUCUUUCCGCCUCGCCGACCCCUCCCAUGGCGGGAGACGCCGUCCUCUUCCCCGACUGGGAAGCCUACGUCCUCCUCUCCCCCGGCGAGCUGCCUCCUCUUCCCUCUGAUCGCCCUCUGUGCGUCUUCCAGAACGGCGCCACCUCCCCCGCCAACUUCUCCGGCGUCCUCCCCUACUCCCGCCACCGUGCCGCCUUCCGCUGUCCGAUCCCCCGCAACGUCCAACGCCUGCGCCGCUUGCUCAUCCCUCGCGUCGUCAUCCCUCCCGCCGACGGUGGCGGCGCUCUGGUGGCGCCACCGCAGCUGCCCGAUGCCCGGGAAUUCGUCCGCUGGAAUUUCGUCGUCUACGAGUCCCUCUCCACCGGCGAGGACGUCAUCGUGUUCGCCAAGGGCGUCAACCCCCGGCACGGCAACUUCGAUCGCCCUGUCGAGGACCUACGCUGCGUCUUCGUCGUGUCCUCCGCCGCCGUGCGGACCCCCGUGACGAGCUCCAGCCAGGAAGUCUUCCGCUGCCCCCACCCCGACGAUGCCCAGCUUGAAGCCCUCAUGGCGGCGUCCGCCAAGCUCGGGGAAGGUGUCCGAAUCUCCCUCGAGAUCCGCGACCACCGGGGGGCCGUCCCUUCUCUGGCGGAGUACCGCCCACCGCCGGCAACGGAGGAGGAGGAGGAGGAGGAGGAGGCGAAGGAGGAAUCUCUGCUCUGCGCGUGCACGAUGGUCUUCAACGUCGCCAAGUUCCUCCGAGAGUGGGUGGUCUACCACUCGAGGAUCGGGGUGGACAGGUUCUUCCUCUACGACAACGGCAGCGAGGACGACCUCGGAGAGGUUAUCGCCGGCCUGCAGCGGCGGGGGUACAACGUGAGUUCCCUGCCAUGGCCCUGGCCCAAGACCCAGGAGGCCGGCUUCUCCCACUGCGCCGCUGCCGCCCGCCGCCGCUGCCGGUGGAUGAUGUACCUCGACGUGGAUGAAUUCGCCUUCUCCCCUUCCUGGUCCAAAGUCCCCCUCCCUUCCCCCGCCAUGUUGAAGUCGAUCCUGCCGCCGAGCAACGGCGGUAGCAGCGGGCGGAGGGUGGGGCAGCUCUCCAUGGACUGCUACGACUUCGGGCCGUCGAAUAGAACGACCCAUCCGGAGAACGGUGUGACGCAGGGCUACACGUGCCGCCGGCGGGCGGGGGAGCGGCACAAGUCGAUCGUCCGGCUGCAGGCGGUGGACCCCUCCCUGCGCAACGUGAUACACCACUUCAAGCUGAGGGACGGGUACGUCGCCGGCAAGCCGCCGGCGCGGGUGGUGGUGAACCACUACAAGUACCAGGCGUGGCCGGAGUUCAGGGCCAAGUUCCGGCGGCGUGCGUCGGCCUACGUCGCCGACUGGACCGAUGCGACGAACCCGCUGUCCAAGGACCGGACACCGGGGCUCGGUUUCGCCGCCGUGGAGCCCCCCGACUGGGCGGGCCGCUUCUGCGAGGUCCCCGACGGGCGGCUGAGGGAGCUGGUCCGGCGGUGGUUCGGCCGGGGAGAGGACGCCGGGUCCACCGGCGACCGCCAGAUGGAGUGGGAGACCUUCCGGUGA